AUGGCAUUCGUCGAGAAUGAUGACUCCAUCGUAAUCUUGUCCGAACCAUUGGAUCAGUUGACUGAUUCUACUACGAAGGCAUUCGUCUUUCAUGCAUUUGACACGCGUAGAUCACAGCUUCCAAUUGGAGAGCAGAGAUAUGUCCCAUAUCGAUUAAAUAUUCUGGAAUCGAGAUUUGAUAUUUCACGUCUGGUGGAGAGACACUCGAUAGGGACGCCGAUUCGACGACACUAUCAGGAUGGGCGGUUCCGGAACGAAGUUUGGCUGGCGUGUAUUCAGAAUAUGUUUCAGCGUAACCGAGCCUACACAACCAACCUAUUGACGAUAACCCUUCCAGCUUGUUGUGUUACACCUCCUCCAACCGCUGAGAACUGUUGCAUAUGUCUUGCUUGCAUUAUCGCCGACCCGACCGUCUUCAUCAUUCCUCCAGAAGACGUCGUCGCCUGGCUCGUCAGUUGUCCCCUCUCCUGCCCGCCACCGGCCAUAAUUCUCGUCGCUGACGUGCCAACUUGUCCCGCAUUCGUCACAAUUCUCUUGACCAUCACUCGUCCAUUCGGUCCAACUCCAUUCCUUACAACCAUCAGUCUCUCUCCAUUCUGUCCGACCAUCGUAUUCCCUACUCUAACUGGAACAUUCGAUGAUCCGUUCACUCCUCCUCCAUUCGUCGUCACUCCACUUCGACUCAUUCCGGCUGGAAGUGCUCCGCGAGCAACUGCCGACGCGGCGACGGGACUCAGCAAACGGUAUAUUUUCUCUCCGUUCUCGUUGACGAACGCCUUCAAAUAUUGCGUCUUUUGGCCGUCUUUCGUUUGCACCGUCCGUUUUACGAUGGAUCCUGUUGUGAUGGGAAGAUUCUUUCGAGGCGGUGGGACUACCGUAUCGGAUACUGUAGAUGAGGCAGGAGACGCCGUGUGA